UAUACAGCCAGUCAGUAUUAUCCCAUCUUACACUCGCAGUCUGGCAACGCAGAGCAGAAACAAAAAGUCAUCUUCCCUGGCGGCGUUUAGCAUUUUGCAAAAUUUCCAUUUUUCUGCUGAUUAAAUUGAGCUAAGCGAAAAGCAACGACAUCAUGUCGAUUCUAGCCUACAACGGAGGAUGUGUAGUGGCCAUGCGCGGCAAGGACUGCGUGGCGAUUGCCACGGAUCACCGAUUCGGCAUUCAGGCUCAGACGAUCUCCACGGACUUCAAGAAGGUGUUCCACAUCGGCCCCCGGAUGUUCCUCGGGCUCACCGGCCUGCAGACGGACAUCCUUACUGUUCGCGAUCGCCUGAUGUUCCGCAAGAAUCUGUACGAGACACGCGAAAACCGCGAAAUGUGUCCCAAGCCCUUCUCGGCCAUGAUGUCCAGCUUCCUUUACGAACACCGCUUCGGCCCGUACUUCAUUGAGCCGGUCGUUGCUGGACUGGAUCCCAAGACCAUGGAGCCUUUUAUAUGCAACAUGGACCUGAUCGGCUGCCCCAACGCACCCGACGACUUCGUGGUGGCCGGCACCUGUGCGGAGCAAUUGUAUGGCAUGUGCGAAACCCUGUGGAAACCCGAUCUGGAGCCGGACCAGCUGUUUGAGGUCAUCGCCCAGUCCAUUGUGAACGCCUUCGAUCGCGACGCCAUGAGCGGUUGGGGCGCCACCGUCUACAUAAUCGAGAAGGACAAGAUCACGGAGCGCACACUGAAGACCCGCAUGGACUAGAUGAUGUUAAGAGUUCCCUUGGUGAUUUUGUAUACAACAUUAACCGAAAUACACAUACAAAUAAAAUUUGUUUAGGUACAACAUA